AUGGCCUUUAGAAAUAUAUAUACAGGUGGUGCUUGCACUGCUGAUGGAACUUAGCAGAUGAGUUAAAAUCCGUUCAAGCAAUUCAUGGAUAGAAUGCUGUUCGGCUAAACUUAACAAUAAUAAAUAUAGCAAUAGAUAAAUGUCUAGUAGGAUCCAAUGGUGCAACAGAAAUUAUAGGAACGUUAAAGAUUAUUUGAGAGUAUGAACUAAUAAUGGGAUGUCAUGGCUAAAUAAUAUGAUUAAGCAAAUAUUGAAUAAAGGUAGAUGAUGGAAAAGAUGUUUGUAGAGGAGCAAAGAAAUUAUGAAUAAGCAAUGAUGCAAUAGUAAAUGAUGAUGGAUUUUUAAUGGCAACAAGCAGAAAUUUAAUAUUAAGCUGAUUAAAUGGCUUAAGAAUAUUAAUUCCAAGAGGCUUAUGAAAAUGCUGAGGAUCUAUAAAUGUAGAGUGAAAAAUCAUAAAAAUAUGCAGAUGAUUUGGUAUAGGCUUUAGAAAAAGAUCCUGAUCCAAGAUUUUAAUAGUCUAAAUUUUUGAGAUUUAUGAAGGAUAUUUAGAAUGGAAAUCUAAAAUUGGUGGGCAAUGAAUUGCUUCACAUAGAAGGAAUCUAGACAUUCGAAGAAGGAUGGGAUUAGGCUACUAAAAAUGUGGAAUAAAAAUAAUCUGAUUUAUCAGAAGUUGAAGAGAAAUUUUCAAAGAUGUGGGAUGAAAAAUUAGAAAAAUAUGAUAGUGAAUUACAAAACGAAGAUUAAUUUUAAAAGAAGCUUGAAGAUUCUUAUUAAUAAAUACUUAAGGAAAUGAAGCAAGGAACAGAUAUUGAUAAAUUGUUCUCUGAAGCCUGGUAAGCAGCAUCAGAUUUAUAGGAAUUUGAUCUCUAUAAAGACUCUAAUAAUACUUACAGGUUUUAAGAAAAUAACAAGUAUUUGACUAUGGAUUUUCCUCUAUAAGCAGCAUUUGAAUUUAGUACAUUAAGGCUAAAAAUACAGAAGCAAUCCUGGCUUUGGGAAGCUCAUAUUCCAAAAGAAUCCAGCAGAUUCUAAUGCAUGGAGAAUCUUGGAGCUGUUGCCUCCUUCUUGAAUGCUAUGAAAUAAAAUCCAAAUGAAUUAGAUACUUUGAGUGCUUUGGGUAUAUCAUGUACAAAUAUUCUGGAUGAAGUCAAAGCCAUGUCCUUUUUAAAAUAGUGGUUAAUCAAGAAUCCAAAUUAUACAGUACCUGUAGAUGAUAGCAUUGUGCCUGGCAAUACAAAUAUCUAUGAUUAUACUUUAGAUUAAAUAAAAUGCAUGAAUGCAAGAAUGAUUUAAGUAUUUGAAGCAGCUCAUUAACAAGGACCUAACGAUGUUGAAUUGUUGAAUGGAUUAGCUGUACUAUAUUUCAUCGAAAGGAACUAUUAAAAAUCUGUUGAGAUCUUUAAAAAGGCUCUUCAAAUUGAACCAAAAAAUUAUUAGAUAUGGAACAAAUUAGGUGCCACUCUAGCUCAUCUUGGUGAAGCAGAUUAAGCCAUGUUCUGUUACCAUAGAGCGUUGGAUCUUAGACCUAAUUAUGUGAGGGUUUGGGUCAAUUUGGCAUUUGCCUAUUCUUACAAGGGAGAAUAUUUAGAUGCUGCUAGAUUGUACUUAAGUGCACUUAUGAUUAAUCCAUAAGCUAGACAUAUAUGGGGUUAUUUAUAAACAGCAUUUUUAUAACUAUAAAGACCGGAUUUAAUUUCAAAGAUUCAACACUAUGAUCCAAUGUUAUUUAAAGAUGAAUUCUCAGUUACUAAUCCUAAUGAUUUGCCAGAGCCUGAAAUUCUAUAUAGAGAAGCUAAUAAUUUAUAUAUAUUUAAAAUGCCCGAAGAGGAAUGGUUAAAGACAUCUUAGAAAAAACCUUGACAUUAACCAUACUAUUUUUGUUUAAAAAAUAUUAUUAGUUUA